AUUUUAUAGCAAACUGAUGGCAUCUAUAGAGGUGAACCCUCCAACUGGCCUGAUGUCUGAAAAGGUGGACAUCCAAAUCACUGGACUGGAAAAGCAGCAGCUGGUUACACUCACUGCUACGGUACAAUAUUCCAGGAAUGCACAGUUCCAAUCCCAUGCCCACUACAUAGCAGACAGUUCAGGAAGCGUGGUGUGUAGCAGACAGGAGGCAGUUGGAGGGACGUUCUCAGGGGUGGAGCAGAUGGGCCUGUUGUGGAGCGUGCAGCCUCUGCCAGGUCAGCAGGUGAAACGCAUGAUUCCCAAGGACGUCACCAAACCACUGGACGUGCAACUGUAUGUGUACGAUGGACACAUCAACACUUCAAGUCAACAAGACAGGGGGACAGAGACUAGAGCCUGCUGUGUGGUGGAGAGGAGGUUUAUGAAAGAUGGCGCCAGGAGGAUUGUUGUGCGGCAGGGCCGAGUGAGAGGUGUUCUGUUCCUCCCUGAAGGGGAAGGUCCUUUCCCUGGUGUGGUUGACAUGUACGGCAGUGGUGCUAACUUUGAGCACCGUUCUGCCUUGCUGUGCUCUCAGGGCUUCGCUGCUUUCAGACUCAUGUACUGUAACUUUGACGACCUGCCCAAAGCAGAAACCCACCUUGAUUCUGAGUAUUUUACUGAUGCUGUGGAGUGGUUCAGCAGUCAUCCCCUGGUGCAGCCUGGAGGGGUGGGGUUGAUUGGUACAUCAACAGGGGGAGCACUGGCACUCAUCAUGGGCACUCUUACAAACAAGGCCAUAGCACGGAUGGAGGCCCAUGGAAAAACCAACUACCAGCUUCUGACCUACCCAGGUGCAGGGCAUCUCUUAGAGCCACCCUACAUGCCACACUGCAAAAUAGCCUAUCACCCUAUUUUAGAUACAACUAUAGAUUAUGGAGGUGAGACCAGAGCCCACUGUGCUGCUCAGGAGGACCUGUGGCCCAGAAUGAUCACCUUUCUCAGGAAGUGCAGACCAAACAGUCAGCUAUGAUGGUGGAAUUGGUCGUGUAAUGUUAAUUUGUCCUUUAUGAGUCUUAAAUGAAUAAAGAAUAGGGACAUACUUACUUUAUGGUGAGCGGGGUUCUUCACAUUUUUAUUCAGCCAUCCAUUGACGUGAUUGUACCCAUCGGGGCAUAUCCAACAUCCCUUUGAAAACUUUGCAGGUACAGAUGAGGCUGAUGUGUUGAUGUGACCUUUUGAUACAUAUAUUUCUCGUCAUAAAGAUGGGAAAAUUUCCCAAAUAAAGAAAGUCUCAAAUCCAAAAGGACCUGAGCUCACAAAGUGUCUGAACUGUUUCCUUCUGUUCAAAAAUUUGAGGGAAAU